CCUGCUUGUACAUGUAAGCAUUUGUUUGAAGCUUUUGGUACAGGUCGCCGUCUUCUUCGGCUCGAAGAACCGGAGGCGAAGAACGCAUGUUCGACACCGUGGAGGUCCGAUGGCCCUCGCAUCCCUUCCUUUGGCAUCGCGCGCGGCUGUGGGACCUCCACGAGGUCCCUGGCAGCGGCACCUGCGUGGCCUGCGACACUGGGGACCGAAGUCUCACACAGCCCAGCUUCCCGGUGCAGGAUGUGCGUCUCCCACCUCCAGCAGAUGCAGACCUCACUGGCUUUGAUCCUCAGCCCGGAGAACUAGUGGAGUACGAGGUUUUGCCCACCGACACCACGCCUGCUGGGUGGGCGGUGGCUCAGGUGGUGGCGGUGUCCGGCCGCUUUUGGCAGCUCAGAUGGCCAGAACGUUGGGGCGAACGGAUGGGUGAGGUCUUGAUGCCUUUGUCACGCUUGAGACCCUGCGUCUCCCCGAAGGGCAACGUGGAGAAUUUGUUGCGGAAAGAGGAGGUCGUGGUAGACCGGGAGUUGUUGGCCGAAGACACCUCCAGCUGCUUCCGGCGCGUCGAAAGCCUGGCGGUUGGUCUACAGGCGCAGGAGACCACCGAGCUCUUGCGCAUCCGAAAGGUGACCCUAGAGCCGAAGAUCCUCGCCAUCGGCACCGUGAAGGCUGUUCAGCGGGCCAAGAUCCUGAUUCCCUCCAUGCUGCACAACCACCGGAAGGCCAACAACCUGCAGGAGGCCACGAAGAAAAGGGAACAAGCCCUGGCGAUGCGAAGCAUGAAGAAGCUCCGCGAUGCUUGGAAUCCCAAGGAGGUUCCAGACAGCUUAGUAAAGGAUGAGUUUAUGAUGGAUAGCCUACAUGUGGGCCGCUUGAUUGGGAAAGGUGGCAGCAACAUCCGAGCCUUGCAGAAUGAGUUAGAUGUGAAGAUCUGCAUUUUUGACAAGGAUGAGAAGAAGAAGUCCAUCGUGGUAUUGGGUCCCGACAAGGACAAGGUCUUUGAGGUACGCAAGAACUCCCAGAUUUUGCGGCAGCGGAGGAAACUGGAUCCUGAGAUGAAGAAAUGGGUCACCUCUAGAAUCACUUUGCUGGAGAUGAUCCAGAAGAUGUGCGGCCUCAACUCCAUCCAUUUGGAGGGCCAAAACAUCUCUUUGACCGGGACCAAAGAGGCCUGCGAACAAGGCCUCAAAUUCCUCGAUGCGCAGUUGCAGUCUCUUUGUCACGGACCGAUCGGGAUGGAGAAACUGUUCACCGAUCACGAAGUCAUUGCGAAACAGUGUUUGAGCUUUCGGCACAAUCGUGCGGAUUGUUUGUGUUCAUUUCUCAGUGGGGAAUUUCUUGUUUUUUUGCUCGGCCAUGCUCGGCCCAAGGUACUUCAUGAUUCUGAAGGCAUGGUUGGGGCAUUCAGUUGUGAUUGUGCUUCCCGAGAUGCAACCAUGGGCAUCGUUAGUUACCGUUAGUUCUCGUAUGUGAUUAUUGAUGAGCCACCUGAAAGGCCAAAUUGGAGCAUACCACCCCCACUCAUGCAACAGAAGUUCUGGGUUGGACAUUCCUUUGGAUCCAAGGUUCUGUGAACCUAUACUCCGGGCUGAUGGCCCUUGUUUGAACAAUUUUCCUCUUACGCGUUAGUUCCUCGGGUUACUCGAGUUCAUAGGUGUUCUCAGGCUGGAGGCUGGGAGGGGUCUAAUGAUCUGAAUGGGUAGUCAGACCUCACUGCACCCGCGGCUUGUGAUGCCCAACAAUACCUGAUCAAUCCUGUUCAUAGCAUCACUAUUUCAGUAGGCAUCCCAGUCAUCGAAAGAAGCUUCGAUGCGAAAUGUGCGAGCUUCGUAGAGUUGCAGCUGCAAGACACUAGCAACAUCGCACAACCGGCCACCACACAACGACAUUAUAUAUUAGUUGAUAGAUUCUUGAAACUUCCGCCGUCGGAGCUUACUUGCUGAGUUUCAUAUCCCUGCCGUGCCGUGGGAGAAAGCAGUGAAGCCAAAUCCAUCCAAGCCGCCAGAACCAGGCACCAUCCAAGCCGCCUGUUGCACCUAUGCCUCGCUGCCUUGUAAACUAUCAUGGGGCACCCUCUCCAAAACCAGCACAGAUGGCCAUUCCCUAUCCAAGAAAACUAUGGCGCAGGGUUCUUGCAAGAAGGUGUUCCCAAUACACCUCCCACAAAAACUGCAGAGCUUCCACAAGCCGGCCUGAUGUCACUGCAGUCGCAAAGCUUGUUUUUGGUUUUGGGGAGUUCUUGCCAGGAGCUGGAGAAGGUGAAAAAUGGAUAUGCUCAACGGGC